AUGAAGACUAUUAGACUCAUAACUUUUCUUUUCUUCAGCUACGUUAAGUGCCAGACUCUUCAGAGCAGUUUUCUAGAUGCAGCCAUGCAGCACACUAAUAGCCAGAAUUAUUUGGAGGAGAACUUAAGAGACAUUGUUAGCAUUAUGGUUGCUCAGUUUCUUCAGAAAUCGACUUUUGAAGAAGUACAAACCAUAGUUAAAGAGUUGCUGAAUUUUGCAGAGAAGUGCAAGAGCCUCAAGCUACUUGAGUCACCUUCAGAAUGCUCUUACCAGUUGAUGACUAACUUCUUAGAGCAUAUUUGUAAUAACCAAGGGGUGGCUGAUAAACAUGUGUUUUCCAACUGUUGCAAUAAAAACAACACAGCAAGACACAAGUGCUUCCUAUUAUACAAAAAAGGUGAUUCAAGUCACAGUGAUAUAUUCCAAAUUCCAAAUCCUGAGCCAGUCUGUGAGAUAGACAAAGAAAAUCAAGUGUCAGUGAAAGAGAGGUAUAUUUAUGAAACUUCUAGAAAACAUCCAUUCUUAUAUGGACCCACUAUUCUGACGAUGUCUGCUUGCUAUGAAACAGCUAUUCAGUCAUGUUGCCAAGAAGAAAAUAAGACUGAAUGCUUCCAAAUAAAGCUAGAACCCAUCAGAAAAUACAUUAAAGAAAUAUCUUUGAGGCACCACCAUUUAUGUGAAAUUGGAAUUAAAUUCAACCACAAAGUAGCAAAAGCAGUGGAAUUGGUUCUGCUGACUAAAAAACAACCUAAAGCUAACUUUUCUGAAAUUGCCAAAUUGGCCAUUGAUAUUAAAAAUCUACAUCAGACCUGUUGUGAUGGAAAUGCAGUAGCAUGUGUGUUUGGCAGGAGCCAGCUCAUGAACUAUACCUGCUCUAAACAGGCUAUCCUAUCCAGCAAGAUCACUCCAUGCUGUGCACUGCCAGCGCCAUUCCGAGGGGAAUGCAUUAUCAACUCAGAAAAUGAUGAAAAACCUGAUCUUUCCUCUGGGCCACUCAGCAGGUUUACAGAAGACCGAUUUGUAUGCAAACAAUUCACUGACAAGCAAGACGAUUUCCUACAAGAGUUUCUUUAUGAAUAUUCAAGAAGGCAUCCAGAGUUGGCACUUCCAGUGAUUUUGAGAGUGGUUAUAGUAUAUCAAAAUUUAUUGGAAAAAUGCUGUAAAUUAGAAAAUCCUCUGGAAUGCUAUAGCCAUGGGAAAGAGAUGUUUCAAAAGGUGGUUCGUGAAAGCCAUGAGCAUAUUAAAAAUCACUGUGAUUUACGUGAGAAAUUAGGAGAUAGUAACUUCCAUGACAGGCUCCUGGUUCUUUAUACUAAGAAAGCCCCACAACUAUCUGCUCAAGAGUUGGUUGCGUUCACGAAAAACAUGGCAGCUGCUGCCACCAAUUGUUGCCCACUAAGUGAUGAGCAAAAGUUUGUCUGCGUGGAGGACACGGCUAAACUAAUAUUUGGAGCUUUAUGCAGAAGACAUGAGGCAGAGCCUAUCAAUGAUGGCGUGGGUCACUGCUGUGAUGACUCUUAUGCCUUCAGGAAGCCAUGCUUUGAUGACCUGCAUGUUGAUAGAACUUACAUUUCUCCACCUUUAUCCUGUGACCAAGUUAUCAGCCUUACAGAAGAGUUGUGCAAAGCUGAGGAGGAAUUCCAAACUGAAAAGCAAAAGCUCCUCAGCAACCUUGUGAAGCAGAAACCAUAUGCAACAGAGAUGCAGUUCCAAUCAAUUAUUCCGGAUUUCACUCACCUGGCAAAGAUGUGCUGCCAAGCAGAAAAAAGUGAAAUAUGUUUCCAAGAAGAGGAGUCCAAACUGAUCGAAAAGUGCCAGUCUCUUUUGGGAAGCAAAUGA